AUGUCUGAGGUCCAGAUUUACGACGCGCCUUUCCCCGUUCCAGGCACUCUUGAGGCCAGCUCGGAUUCGUACUCCACCCACCAGAUUGAGGUCCAGAAGGCCGCCUAUGCCCUCUCCUCAUCCAUUUUUUCAUACUCUCCAGAGUCCUUCAACCUUGAUACCGCUAUCAACAAAUGGAUCGGUCUCUCUCAGCACAACUCCCACGGCACUGUCCCUGCUCUCACUCAGCUUGAAACUCGUUCUGGUGCUGCUUCAGUUCUUCUUGGAUACCAGGGUGCUGCGGCUGGUAUCAGCAAGGGUCCCAUCUCAGUUCUUGCUACUUCGGCCACUCUCACUGCCAUGAGCCCAGUUCUCUCUCAGCACAUCAAUGCCGCCACUUCUUCAUCUCCUCUUGCCUUCAACGUGGCUGCUCUUGAUUACGACAAUGAAGCUGGUUCUCUUGUUACCGAUUAUGUAUCUGCUCUUGAGACCGCUCGCAACUUGGGUUUGGGUCUUGUUGCUUCUCACUCCAUCUCUGAAGCUCAAGCCAUUUCUAUUCUCGCUUCUGCUCUUUCUUCUAUUGUUCCCACAGCUCAUGUCUACGGUGGAAUUAGAGCCAUUCGUGAAUCUAACAAGAGCGGUGAGUCUCUCUCUGCUGAAGAAAUUUCUGCCACAUACAAGGCUCUUGUUUCUGUUGCCAACUCUGAUUCUCUCAACUCUUCCGCAUCAGCUCUUUUUGAUACUCUUAACGCCAGACUCGGCACUUCUUUCCAACCUUUUGAGUACACUGGUGCCUCUCUCCCAGGCACUGUUGUGGUGACUUUUGGUUCUACUGAGAGCACUCUUACCAAACAAAUUGUCAAGACCCUUGUUCAGGAUGGCAGCUCCAUUGGUGUUAUUAAUGUUAGACUUUACAGCCCGUUCUUGGACUCUGAGUUCUUCAAGGUUCUUCCUACUUCCACCAAGAAGAUCAUUGUUCUUGGACAGGUUGCCAACGAGUCUGUUGUUACUGACUCUGUUGCCCACUCUCAACUUUACCGUGAUGUUGCCACUGCUGUUUCUCUCAAGUUUGGCUUUGCCGUUGCUUCUCCCGUUGUUUAUGACCAUAAAUAUUCUAGAAACCACAUCUGGUCCCAGCAGGAGAUCUACGACCUCUUUGGUUCAUCUGUCACUUUGACUGCCCGUGCCGACAUCAAGGAGACUGUCUUUUGGGAUGUUGAUGAUUCUUCCAUCAUUGACACUCCUGGCCGUCUUGCUCACACCAUCUCUCUUGAUGGCUCCAGCACUGUCAGCCACUUUUCUAAGUAUGACAAUGAAGCUCAGGGUGGUGUUAUUGAAACCCAACUUCGUGUUUCUUCUUCUUCUUUCAACUCUCCUUAUCCUGUUGAGCAAGCUGAUCUUGUUGUUGUCAACAAUCUCGCCAUUACCAAGAGCUUCAACGUUCUUGGUAAUGUCAAGCAGGGUGUUAAGGUCAUCAUUUCCUCCAAGAAUAAUGUCGAGGAAAUUUCCAAGGCUGUGAGCUCAAACUUUAAGCGUGCUGCAAUUGCCAAGGAGAUUUCUCUUUACGCCAUUGACUUUGAAGCCAUUGGUGACGAGGCUGAGACACAGGGCCGCACCCACAGCAUGGUCAACCAGAUUGCCUUCUGGAAGACAUUCUCUCCUGAGCUUACCAUCAAUCAAAUCACCACAAAGAUUGUUACUGCCAACGGUGUUGACACUGAGCUUGUCGCUGCAACUGUCGCUCGUCUUGUUGAAAAAGUUUUGGAAACUGCCUUUUCUACUGUUGAAAUCCCCAAGGAAUGGGCUGAGGAAGAGAUCAAGGAGGAGGAGCAAUUGCUUCCUUCUUCCAUCACCUCCAUCAGCUUCAUCAAAAAUGGCGACAAGCCUUCUGAGGAGUCUGAGGCUGCUGCUGCUGCCAUUGUUUCUCACGAGUCAUGGGUUGAAGCCGCAAAGCAACUCACUUUCCCCGAGGCUUUCUCUUCCUCUAACCAGCUACGUCCUGAUCUGCCAGUGCAAAACUUUAUUGCCAAGGUUAAGGAGAAUAGACGUGUUACUCCUGAGGGUUACGAGCGUCACAUUUUCCACUUUGAGCUUGAUAUUUCUGGUACUGGUCUCAAGUAUGCCAUUGGUGAGGCUUUGGGUGUUCAUGCUCGCAAUGAUGCCAGCCAAGUUCGUCACUUUUUGAACCUCUAUGGCAUCAGCCCCUCUUCCAUUGUUUCUGUUCCUUCUAAAGAUGAUGUUAACAUUUUGGAAACAAGAACUGCUUUCCAGGCUUUCCGUGACAACCUUGAUCUUUUCGGCAAACCCCCAAAGAAGUUUUACGAGAGUCUUGCACCCUUUGCUACUGACAAGGCUGAGCGUGAGCACCUAGAGAAGCUUGCCAGUGCCGCUGGCGCUGAGGAGCUGAAGCGCCGUGCCGAGGUUGACUUUGACACUUUUGCUGACAUUUUGGAAGAGUUUAAGUCUGCUCGCCCAUCGCUUGCUCAGCUAGCUACAAUCAUUUCACCGCUCAAGCGUCGUGAAUACUCCAUUGCAUCGUCACAACACAUGCACCCCAAUGAGGUUCAUUUGCUUAUUGUUGUUGUUGACUGGGAGGAUUCCAAGGGCCGCAAGCGUUACGGCCAGUGCUCGCGUUAUUUGUCGCGUCUCCCUGUUGGAACCGAGCUUGUUGUUUCCGUCAAGCCUUCGGUCAUGAAGCUUCCUCCUACUCCCCAACAGCCAAUCAUCAUGUCUGGUCUUGGUACUGGUCUUGCUCCCUUCAAGGCUCUCAUCGAGGAGAAGGUCUGGCAAAAGGCUCAGGGCCAGGAGAUUGGCGAAAUCUAUCUUUACUUGGGUUCUCGUCACCAGCGCGAAGAGUACUUGUAUGGUGAGAUUUGGGAGGCUUACAAGGAUGCCGGUAUUAUUACCCACAUUGGUGCAGCCUUCUCGCGUGACCAGCCCCAAAAGAUUUACAUUCAGGAUCGUAUUCGCGAGAGCUUGGAUGAUCUUGUGGAGGCCUUUGUUGACAAGAAGGGUUACUUUUAUCUCUGUGGUCCUACUUGGCCCGUCCCCGAUAUUACUGCCUGCUUGUCUGACAUUCUCGAGAAGGAUGCUUUUAAGAAGGGUCUCAAGAUUGAUGUUGAUAAGGAGAUUGAAGAGCUUAAGGAGUGUGGUAGAUAUGUCUUGGAAGUCUAUUAA